UGUGAGAGUAAAGUGGUGUUGAGGAGGCAGGGAGGAGAGAGUAGCCUGGCAGGCGCUGGCUCAUCUACCUCACUACUCACUAUAUUCACCCUCAUCUCCACCACCAUCAUACCAUGGCUGUCUUCAGGAGCGCAGCGGCCAGACUGUUGAGCAUUCCACAGAAAGCAUGUCCUCUAGCUGCAGUGACCACCAGAGCUCCAUACUCUACAGAGAGUACGGAUCUGCGGGAAGUUAUGGCACAAAAGGUCCCACUUGUUCAGGAACAAGUAAAGGCCUUCCGUAAGAAACAUGGCGACACCAAGAUUGGAGAGAUAACUGUUGAUAUGAUGUAUGGUGGUAUGCGAGGCAUGAAGGGAUUAGUGACUGAAACUUCUGUGCUGGACCCCGAGGAGGGUAUUAGAUUCCGUGGCUACUCUAUUCCAGAGUGCCAGAAACUCUUGCCAACUGCUGAAGGUGGGGCUGAACCUUUGCCAGAAGGUCUCUUCUGGCUUCUCUGUACUGGGGACAUACCAACUAAAGCUCAGGCUGCCUCUUUAUCAAAGGAUUGGGCCAAUAGAGCUGACCUACCCCCUCAUGUCGUAAACAUGCUGAACAAUUUUCCAUCUAACCUACAUCCUAUGGCCCAGUUCUCAGCAGCCAUCACAGCUCUGAAUUCUGAAAGCAAAUUUGCAAAAGGAUAUAGUGAAGGUGUGCCGAAGUCAAAAUACUGGGAGCUCUGCUUUGAAGACUCUCUCAACUUGAUUUCCAAACUGCCUACGGUAGCUGCUACAAUUUACCGUAAUCUGUAUAGAGAUGGAACAAGUAUUGGAGCCAUUGAUCCUUCCAAAGACUGGUCAGCCAACUUUACUGCAAUGCUGGGCUAUGAUGACCCUCAGUUUACAGAGCUCAUGCGUCUCUACCUUACAAUCCACAGUGACCACGAGGGAGGAAACGUUUCUGCACAUGCUACUCACCUUGUGGGAUCUGCUCUAUCUGACCCAUACCUCUCAUUUGCUGCUGGCAUGAAUGGCCUUGCUGGACCUCUUCAUGGUUUGGCAAACCAAGAGGUUCUUAUGUGGCUCACGAAGCUGCGUGCUGAGAUUGGAGAUGAUAUAACUGAAGAGCAACUGAAAGAGUUUAUCUGGAAGACUCUAAAAUCUGGUCAAGUUGUUCCAGGCUAUGGUCAUGCAGUUUUGCGUAAAACUGACCCUCGUUAUACAUGUCAACGAGAGUUUGCUCUAAAACAUCUUCCUGAUGACAAGUUGUUUAAGCUUGUUUCCAAGUUGUACAAUGUUGUGCCCCCAAUUCUUACUGAACUUGGCAAGGUAAAGAACCCUUGGCCAAAUGUGGAUGCUCAUUCUGGAGUGCUGCUACAGUAUUAUGGAAUGACAGAGAUGAAUUACUACACAGUGCUUUUCGGAGUCUCUCGAGCCUUGGGAGUAUUGUCUUCACUGGUGUGGGAUCGUGCACUUGGCCUCCCUAUCGAAAGACCAAAGUCUAUGAGCACAGAAGGAUUGAAGAAAUUAGUUGAUGCCGCAGCUGCUCCGGGAGCUUAGUGUACUGUAUACACUUGUCAGGACUUUCAUUUUUACUUGCGUGCACUCUACAUCUUUUUAUAAAAUUAUUUCAUGUGAAUGAAUUAGUUUUAGUAGAGCAGUGCAAAAUCUGAAGAUUCUGACUGAAGGCAUUGGGUUAGUAAAGAUGAACAAAUGUACAGACAUCUUGCACCAUUUAAAACAUAACUAGUAAAAUUUAUCAAACUUUCAUGUAUUUUGCCCACUUUUCCCAAAGUUUUUCAAAAUUCACUUAUAAAUAAAAUCUUUUCAUGAACAGUGUAAAAAAAAAAAACAUUUUGGGAAAAGGCUUUAUUUUUUUUUUUUUUUUUUUCUCCAAAGAAGUGUUCUGUAAGAGGAAGGGAAAAUGCUACUUAAAACUGACGUGCAUAAGUAAAGUGUAUUUAAAGGGUAUUUUUACUAACGUGUAAAUUUAGGAACAAACAGGUGACACAGCUUGUGAGCAAAUGUCUUAUUUAAUUUUAUUUAUUAUUUAUUUUAGUUGAUGUUUUGACACGAAUUGUUUAGUUUCAUAUUUUGAAUUCCAAGGUACAUCAGUUCGUUUCACAAUUCAUAUAUAUAUAUAUUUUUUUUUUUUUUUUUUUUUUUUGUGUGUGUGGCAUCUGCUGCAUCUUGUACCCAGUCUAAGGCUUCAUACUGGGUGUUGGUCUGUAAAUAGCUUACCUGUUAUUAACAGAAACCAAACCUGAUAAAUAGACUUAAACAGCUUGUGCUCGAUAUGAAGCAUUAUGCAGGUUUUGUGCAGUAAGUUGUCACUGACUUUUUUUUUUUUUUGUUUGGGGAGGGGACUGCAUCUUUGUGUUAAUAUUAGAUGUAAAUACUGUACAUGUAUAUUAUGGUAGGUGUGACAGAACUACCUGGUAAUGUAAGGAGUACAAAAAAUAAAAAUGUUUUAGCAAA